GGACUCCUAUCAUGCAACUUCCAUUGGUCUGCUCUUCAGCGCUGCUGCUGUGCCGGUAUGGAAGAUCAGAGGACAACUGAUCGGUUGGGCUGGCUUGGCUGGGAGUUGGUCGCUCAUCGAAGAUGGUACGACACAAGGAAACCGAGACAAUAAAGCAUUAAAUUGAUUCAAACUGGACUUCUUCCCGGUAUACCUGCUUGUGGUGGGCUCGGAUUGGUUACAGGUCAUCACGUUGCAAUCGCAACGUCACGCAGUACUGAUAGCCUCCACCUAGGGACCGUACAUUUACGCGCUUUACAAAGAUGAGAAAGGUCUAGUGGAAGAAGUGGUCGCAUCUCUCUUCAUGACCGGAUUCUUUUCCGGUGUCUUCUCGUCUUUCUUCAUCGGCUCGCUCGCGGAUCGAUAUGGCAGAAAGGCGGCGUGCCUUGGGUUCUGCAUCGCGUACUCAAUCUCAUGCCUCACGGUCCUGUUCAAUGAUAUUAUCAUACUAUUCCUGGGUCGAGCGCUUGCUGGCAUCGGCGCGAAGCUGCUGUAUAGCAUUUUUUUUAAAUCUGGAUGGUCCAUGAGUAUCACAGUCGGGGGCUCGAGAACGAAGAACUGCGGUUGAGUACGGUUUUUGGGAGCCUGGCCACGUUGAGCAGUAUGGUGGCUAUCUGUAUUGGAUUCGUGAUCCAAUGGUUAAUGGAUUCGACGGGGACUGACGCUUCUCCAUUAUGGCGAGCAUUGUCUGUCUCGCCCUGGCCUUCAUCUUGAUACUGUUCCGAUGGAACGAGAAUUAUGGAGACACCUCCAAGGAGCCAACAUCUGUCGAGUCCAUCAGCGAUGGAUAG